AUGGCUUCGCUUCGAGUUCUUAUGUUCGAUCAUGAGGGUCGCCUGAUCCAGUUUGACACAUGGCUGGACGACCUACAGCUGUACCUACUGAGCGACUCUCGGGAUAGUGUUUCUUUGUUUGACCUCGCGUCUGGCACUGCUCCUGCCCCUCCCGCCACAGCUGACAGUGCGACUCGCUCCCAGUGGCUUACUCGCGACGCUGCUGCCCGCUUAGCCAUUCGCAACCACCUGCCGUUAGCCGAAUACGCUCACUUCGGACAGCACAGGACAGCACAGGCACUGUACGACGCUGUCGUCGCUCGCUACUCCGAGCCUGCCACUGCUGCUCUAGGCUGCCUGCUUCUGCCCUACCUGUUCCCCGAGCUGUCAGCCUUUGCCAUGGUAGAGGACCUUGUUUCCCACCUGCGUGCUAGUGACGCUGCCUACCGCGCUACCGUCCCUGCUGAGUUCCUUGACAGGAACCCGCCCCCGAUGUUCAUCACCCUCUACUUCAUAGUCACUCGCCUCCCUGACUCUCUUCGCUCUGUCAGGGACCCCUUUCUCUCACUUGACCCCACCUCCCUCACUGUUGACCUACUCGAGGAGCACCUCCUAGCAGCUGAGACUAGUGCAGUUGCUGUAGGUGCUGCUCAUGGCACUCCGCGCACGCCCUUCUUUGAGGGGUGCUCCCCCUCCCCCCUUGCCCCCUCCUACGCCUCUGCUGCUGCUGCAGACGUCUCUGGUGCUGAGGACGUCGGCGCAACUUCUGCUAGUGCGAAGUGCCGUAGAAGCAAGGGCAAGGGUGGGAGGGGUGGUGGAGGGGGCAGCGGUAGUGGUGGUGGGGGCAGCAGUGGAGGCAGUGGCGGCAGUGGAGGUGGUGGCACCGGUGGGAGUGGUGGAGGGAGUGGGGGCUCUGGUGGCGGCGGUGGAGGCAGCGGUGGGAGUGGCGGUAGUGGCAGCGGUGGCAGUGGUGGCGGUCGGACUGGAGCUCAGCGAGGAGGUUCUAGAGGAGGCCAGCGGCAGCGGCAGCAGCGUCGGAGCGAGACCCAGUCGCCCCAGCAGCUUCGUGAGUGGUUGUUUCAGCGUGGGGCGUCUGGGGGUAGUGUGAGCUGCCCGUAUGUCAUUCGCACAAGUGACCGUGCUGGUCAGACAUGCGGCACACGCAGCACCGCUGCUUCUCCCGUCUCGACGACGCUUGGCGCGCUGAGUUUGGUGAUGAAAUCGAGCGCCCCCACUGGGAAGAGCUGCUUAGGUAUAGACGCUGCUGCUCUAGGUGCUAGUGAGUCUGUUCUCCCUGGUACUGCGCCUGCUGAGGCCUUGCACACCUUCACGCUGGACUCAGGUGCCUCACGCUGUUUCUUUCGUGACAGCACCACCCUCACUCCUCUCCCUGCAUCUGUCCUGGUCCGACUGGCUGACCCCUCCGGGGGCCCGGUCGUUGCCCGUUCCUCCACUGUCCUCCCGUCUCUUCCUCCCCUCCCGCCCUCACCUGCCCCGCCCUGCCUUCCUUGCGUCGAGGGGCGGCAGCGCGCCGCUCCUCACUCCUCCUCGUUUCCUCCGAUGACUGCUCCCCUGCAGACUCUCUACAUGGACGUGUGGGGCCCAGCCCGCGACCUUCCUGUCCUACGUCUGCACUCUGAUAGAGGUGGUGAGUUCUCCUCCGACCUCUUGCGGGACUUUUGUUGUGGGGAGGGCAUUCUCCAGUCGUUCACGCUUCCGGCCUCCCCUCAGCAAAAUGGAAUUGCUGAGCGCCGCAUUGGCUUAUUCAUAGAGGUGGCUCGUACCUCCAUGAUCCAUGCGGCUGCUCCCCAUUUUCUGUGGCCGUUCGCAGUCCGGUACGCUGCGCAUCAGCUCAACCUCUGGCAUCUCCUUGCCGAAGACCUCACCGACACUGCGUUGGACGGGGAAGGUUGGCGAUGCGUCGGUGUUCCGGGUCUGGGGCUCUCGUGCCUUUGUUCGCAAUACUUCCGUGGACAAGCUCUCCGCCCGCGCUAUUCCCUGCGUCUUCCUUGGCUUUCCCCCUAA